AUGCACCACAUGUGCAAAGAAGCCAUCCAUGAGCCACAUGCAUAUAUGAAGAAGAAAGUGAAGGAAGAAAAUGCAAUCCCUAUUCAGCCCAAGCGAACAUUGGAAGAAGUACUAAGGGACAAGAAAGAAAGGAAAGAAGCGAUUCCAGAUCUUGUUUGUUCAGAGAAGCUGCGUUUAUCAACGGAUAACUCGAUUUGGGAAAGGAUGGAGCAACUGGAAAUCUUGAUAGACAUUUUUCCUGAAUGCGAACGAUCAUACCUGAGAAGGAAAUGCGACGAAUGCAACGGCUGUGCUACAACUCUAAUGGCUCAUCCUCGAUUCCCCAGUCACUGGGAGCCGAUGCCACUCGACAAACUGGUGACGAUGAUCGCUCUGGAUGAGUCCUCCGAUGAGUACAAGACCGGGUACCUUUCCCGAAAACUCGAAUUCCAUCGAAUCGAGAGGGUCCAGAAUCCGUACUUAUGGGAGAUGUACCAGAAUCGCUGGGAACUCUUCGUCAAGCGCCACGGUGAUCGUGAUCUGUUGAAUGAGACGUACCCAUAUCAUGGCACAAUACGCAAGAAAGUUCAGGAUUUUUGUGCCAGUAACCUGGGUUGGCGAUAUCAUGAAAGCAGCGGUGGCCAGACAUACGGACAAGGAACAUACCUAUCUUAA